AUGAGCGAAGUUCCUGAUGGAGGCUCUGUCAGCCUUGAUAUGCUGAAGAAGUUAAUGGCUCAAUUUGCUGAAAAGAGGGACUGGAACCAGUAUCAUAGUCCGAGGAACCUUCUUUUGGCUUUGGUGGGUGAAGUUGGUGAAUUGGCUGAGAUAUUUCAGUGGAAAGGUGAAGUCAAGAGGGGACUUCCCAAUUGGAAAGAGGAAGAAAAAACACAUCUUAGUGAGGAGCUUUCAGAUGUGUUGCUUUACCUUGUCAGGCUCUCUGAUACCUGUGGUAUUGAUCUUGGAAAAGCUGCUUUGAGAAAGGUUGAACUCAAUGCCAUAAAAUACCCAGUAAAAAGUUAUCAAGAUGUUUCAACUUCAAGCAAGAAGUAUAAACAAAUCACUCUUGAAACUCCAACAAGUUAUAAUGGUGAUCGCAAUACUGAAAAAGAUUGAUCAUAUAUUUUUAACUAGGGGAUUAUGACAUUUGCUUGAAACUUUGUUAUGGUCAGUGGCAUAUCUGGUAGUAUAAUAAUAUGUAAUGGGUCAUGCCAUUCCAUGUAGAAUAAUGUCUUGGUCAUGUGUAUUCUCACAUAUUUAGUUACU